AUGGACAGACGCUCAUCACAGACCACACCGGUGAAGAAGGCCCUGGGAAAGUCACCCGCGGAUGGUGUCUGGAGUAAGCAGGAGUGUGCAGAGGUGUAUUCUGAUAUUACCUCUGUCAGCUCUAGCACAGAUGUGGGCAGCCCAGUCAGAAAAGUCCCAUUUGACAGUAUGGCCCUAGGCCUCAGCAGGCGUGGGAGAGCCUACCCAUCCCCAGCGCGCAGGCGCUAUCGCACCACCUUCAGUCACAAGCAGCUGGACCAGCUGGAGAUGGUGUUUGGACAGAACCACUACCCCGACAUCUACUGCCGUGAGGAACUAGCACGGCUCACCAAACUCAAUGAAGCACGCAUACAGGUAUGGUUCCAAAAUUGGCGUGCCAAAUACCGCAGGCAGGAGCGUGCGUCUCAAAAGGUCUUGCCAAUGGGCAUAAUGACAGGGCACGGUGCACUGUUGGGCAGCAUGUGUGUUCAGUCCACAGGGAUGACCUGUCAGUACUACCCUCACUCCCUGGCUCACCAUAUCCCCUGGUUCCCAUCUAUGCUGCCCCAGGUGGUUACUCCCACUCCCACCACACAAGGCUCAACCAGCCAGUGUCACUAUCCUACAGUCCCACUACAGCCACAACCCCCCCGCCAGCAUGAGGAGUGGUACAGCCCGCUACGGAACAUUGGAGCCCCACCCAGCAACACCUGUGUAUGA